AUGGAAAGCUUUAGAAAGGCCUAUGGAGCUCUCAAGGACUCCACAAAAGUUGGCCUAGCAAAGGUCAAUAGCGAGUUCAAGGAUUUGGAUAUUGCCAUUGUGAAGGCCACGAAUCAUGUCGAACGGCCCCCUAAGGAACGUCAUGUUAGAAAGAUUUUUGCAGCUGUCGCUAUAUCUCGCCCGAGAGCUGAUGAACAACAACGUAAGACCCUGCCUGAGCCGAGUGCUGAAAACCUGUUGGAGAGGUUACCUUCAUUACAGCAGCUUUUAUAUCGGCUCGUUUGUUGCCAGCCUGAAGGAGCAGCUCGUCACAACUUUGUCGUCCAAUAUGCUCUGGCUCUGGUUGUGAAAGAGAGCUUCAAAGUGUACUGUGCUAUCAAUGAUGGGAUUAUUAAUCUUGUCGACAUGUUUUUCGAAAUGCCUAAACACAAUGCAGUCAAAGCUCUUGAGAUAUACAAAAAGGCCAGUCGACAGGCAGACCAUCUAGCCGAUUUUUACGAAUUUUGCAGAACUUUGGAUCUUGCACAGACCUUUCAGUUUCCUACAUUGAGACAGCCUCCGCCAUCUUUUCUUCUAACUAUGGAGGAUUAUAUAAAGGAAGCUCCCCCGGCUGGUUCUGUGCCACGAAAAAAACAGGAGGACCAAGAGAAGAAAGAGGAGCCAAAAAAACCCGAAGAACAAGCACCACAAGAAACCGAAAAACGAGUGAAUGAAGUCGAAAACAAAGAAAAGAUUGUUCGUCCGCAGGAGGAACAAAUCAUGUCGAAGACUCAACCACCCGAACCUUCUGUGCAGCCUGUCGAUCUUCUAGGCUUGGAUGAGGUGAACCAGAAAGCCGAUCAGUUGGAGGAAAGCAAUGCAUUGGCCCUUGCAAUCAUUCAGCCAGGCAAUGAUGCACCACAAGCUAAUAAUAAUGCGUUCGGGAGCACUUCAGGGUGGGAGCUUGCGCUCGUAACGGGACCAAGCAACAUGAAUAAGCCUCAAGUAGCCGAAACAAAAAUGGCGGGUGGUUUCGACAAAUCAUUGCUCGAUAGCUUGUAUGAGGAUGACACGUCUCGCAGACAACUUCAGCUGCACAGCGCGGGAUAUAGCACGACGAGCUACAGUUACGAAACAACCACACAAACAUUGUACGACCCGCGGGCCCCAUUUCCCAUGCAUAACAAUGUUGUGAGUCCAAUCGACACGCACACGGCCAUGAUGCCACAUCACCAUCAUCAUCAGCAUCAAAUGGCCGUGCAACAUCAUCAUAUGAUGAUGCAGCAACAACCGAACAUGAUGAUGAUGAUGGUACCACAUGGUAAUGGGUAUAACGGCGUCCAGUAUCAUUACCCUCAACAACAACAACAACAACAAAUGACGAACAUGGGAUCGUCAAACCCGUUUGGCGAUCCCUUUGGUGGUUAUCCGCAGAGUACAAUUCGCCCACCAUAUGGAAAUCAUACCUUGCUUUAG